AUGUCUCUGGAAGCCGAUAAUCGCGAGAAGUUUGACCGUGUACUUGAGCGUGACCCAAAUGUCACAAUUUUCCUAAAGCCAAUCGCGGCUCCUGCAGCGUUGGGUCUAGCAGGGUUUGCGGGCUCGACCUGGAUUACCUCCACAUAUAUUGCCCGAUGGUGGGGUGAUGAACAAUCACCCACCAUAUUCUUUCCAUUCGUGGCUUUCUGGGGUGGGCUGGGCCAGUUCAUUGCCGGCCUCUUCGGUUAUGCAGCCAGAGAUACAUUGGUCACAGUUAUUCAUGUCCUGUGGGGAAGCUUCUGGAUGAGUAUCGGCCUACUGUAUUUGUUGACAGCCACCGGUGUCAUUCCACCACAUCCUAUCAAUGUCCAUUUUCCCGAGCUGGCGUCUUGGAUGAUCGUUCUAUCCUUUUUUACGUGGUCUGGGGCCGUUGCAGCCAGUGCCCGAGACCUCAUCCUCUGUUCAGUGUUGACAUUCCUAGCGAUAGGAUCCACUAUCGCCUGCUGCCUCUUCGCUUACGGCUCAGGUGUAGGCACCGGUAUGAAAGCUGCUGCUUAUUUUUGGAUCAUCAGCUCGAUUCUUGCUUGGUGGCGUGUCACCGUCUAUCUUGUUGAGGAGGCUUUUGGUAAGAGCGCCAUCGUGAAGUUCUUUCCUAUAUUCCGUACGCCUGUUGAGAAGAGACGGCCGCUUGUUGUUCCGGGUUUUGGAGAACCUGGUGUCAAGCGCGGAAUGCCGGGAGUUGCAUAA